UGGUUCGGCUCUGACGCCCUCUCGAAAUUGAAUUUUAUUUUGAUAAAAGAGAUAAAUUAAUUGGUAAAGAAUAUGGCAGCUGCCAAGUGUCCGGAGCGUGACCCCUGCGAGGGCGGGAGGGACCAGAGGGUGAUGAAGGAUCGGAAAAUGACAGAUGCUGAACGCCUGGAGAAAUUGGAGAAUGAGGUGACCCUUCUGCGCAAUGAUUUCGACAGAAUGAGAUGGGAGCAAGCAGUGGCUGAAACAGCAAUAGGACGAGCUAUUAUUCGGGGCUCAGCAUCACUCGGAAACGGUGGAUUUUGCCCGGUGGUGCAAUCCCCGGGCGACUACGAAGGGCCCAUGAAAAAUCGUCAACUAAUGGAUGACCCUCAGAAAAAUCCAUGCGCAAAAAUGCCCCCUCAAUUGCCAGGAAAAAAUGCUAUAACCGAUGGAAAACCGAAACAAGGAAAAGAAGAAUGUGGAUACUUCACUCUCGGAUAAUUCUAACGAUAUUACCCGUCAACCACUCGAGACAUUCAAUAACGAAUACUCUGCAUUUACCGAUUAAUUAAAAAAUUCCAUAAUCCCGGGGUUAUGUGAAAUAAUAAAUCGAUGGAAUUACU